GUAGCCAGUGAUUGUGGUAGAGGUGGUUGUGUGGUGGCACAGGAGAGAGGAGGGAGGGAAGUAGGUGCCAGUGAGUGUACGUAGGGUGUAGAACCGGGCCACUUCCCCCAAUCCUUCUACCCCCUUUUCAGGGGUCCCAGUGCCCCGCCGUGCGUGUGUGGUGUGCACCAAAUACUUGGCUUCUGUACCGGGUUCUUCAACCUACGGUUUUAGCUGCGGGAGGUGUGGGUAGCUAGAGCAGCAGCCAUCACCAGCAGAGGAGGAAAGGCAGGGCCUAGCGAGCCUUGGGUGCUGCAGUAGUACCCUGGGAUUUGCCCAUCUGAAGACGUGCCCGUGUGUGCCCGCCCGCGCGCGUUGUCCGUCUCGCAGUGGCGCGCCGCCCGCUCGCCUGCCCCCCCUCGAGAGUCGUCCCGUUCGGCAUAAUAGCCACAACAGAGGGGCCUGGACGUGUGGAAAUAUAUACCUGUUGGGGGAAAAUGAGUGCGUGAGUCAGGGUUCUUCUUCUUCUUAGCUUCUUAUAGUCUCAGUGAUCGUCCGCCGCCGCGUUCUCCCUCCUGCCGGAGGAGAAGAAGAAGAAGAAAAGGGAGUAGAAGUAGAAGUAGAAGGGGAGUGAGUGCCUUUAGGAAAGCUUGCCCCUUCUUUCCUUUCGUCCGUCCUUCCUUCCUCUCAAAGACAGCCCGACAAGAGGAGAUCGCUGCUGUCUUCUUCGGGAGAAGGGCCGACGUAGUGAGUAGUGAAAUCUGAUGAUUCGAACAGUGCCGUCGCCGAGUGUUCUCCGGGCGGUGGAGAGGUACCGAGGGGGGCGUCGUCGUCAUCAUCAUCAUCAUCGUCUCUCAGGCGUCUGAAGCAGCCCUUUGGAGUGUUUCGGGGGGAGGUUUCAUAUCGGAAAAAGUGCAAAAGAAGUAGUGUUUUGUUCAAGGGGCGUUCUUAAAAGGAAUAGUAUAUCUAGAAAGAAAAUCAAAUAAGUAAAUAGAGAUAGCUGACGGAGGCUGUCCUCGAAGUGAAAAGGAGUUCGAUACCAUUCGUGCCCUCUUCGGGAAUUCAUUCCUCCUCCUCCUCCUCCUCCUGGGUGUCCAAAGUGAAACCAAAGUCGAGUUAUGAUGCGGGAUAGGGAUGCGAUGUCCGCUGACGAGAGCGUGGCCUCGUCCUCGGCCGAACCGAGUGUCGUGGCCGCCGAAAACGCGGCCGGGGGCAAGAGGAAGAAGGGCCGGUCCAAGUCGGCCUCCAGACUCCACGACAAGUCCAAGAACAAGGUCCGCCACUCGAAGGACCCCGUCUCACUCCUGCCCAAUCGCCUCCAGCUCUCCAUGCUCAAUUCGGGACUUAUCAAUAUCACGGAAGAGGAGAAGGCUAUAGGUGCUAUGCCCACAAAACCCACAGAUUCCAGAGACUUUCCACGACUCUGCGCAGAGCAUCGCAAAUACCCCAUCCUUUACAAAGUAGAAUUUCAGAUGGCUGUCAAGGUGGAGCCGCACAGCAUCAGACACGCGCUGAAGGAAACUAACGAGUGCAAGAAUCAAAAUAAGAGAAGCCUCGCGUACGAUUACAACAGAGUGGUUCUGGAACCUACACCUGGAGUCCCAGAUUCUGACUACAUCAAUGCCUCUUACGUAGAUAGCCUGCUGACUCCCAAAGCUUACGUAGCAACACAGGGUCCCCUGGAGAACACCAUCGGUGAUUUCUGGCGAUUGGUCUGGCAAGAAAGGUCUCGACUCAUCGUCAUGCUUACGAAGACCUUCGACUUCAUCAAGGUAAUGUGCGUUCAGUACUGGCCGGCCAACGUAGGAUGCUGCGACAGGUACGAAGGAAUCCAGGUGCACUUGGUGAAGGAGGAACAACUAGCCAACUUCCAGAUCAGGACUCUGAGACUCUCGCAAGAGGGAACUAACGAAGUCCGCGAUGUGGUCCAGUUCCACUACACGGAGUGGCCUUCCCACACCCACCCGUUCAUCAACGCCCUUCUGGAGUUCCGCAGAAGAAUUAGGAUAUGGAUGAAUUCGCACAUCACGCCUGCAGAUGGACCUACCAUAGUGCAUUGUGGCGAUGGCGGUGCGAGAACUGGCGUUUACCUAGCGGUCGACAGCAACUUGGAAUUACACGAGGAGGACGGUAAAUUCGAUAUUUACGGAUACGUCAAGAAAAUGAGAGCGGCGAGAUCAGGUCUCAUAGAGACUGUGGAUCAGUACAGGUUCGUCUACGACGUCCUGGAGGAGUUCCUCCUCUGCGGCUACUCCUUCUUCCCCGUCAGCGAGUUGUCGCAGCGCCUCAAGCACAAAUCCAUGAAGGUCUCCGGAAACAAGAACGAAUAUCAGGUGGAAUUCGAGAAAAUAUGCAAGAUGACCCCAAGAUUCACCAUCGGAGACUGCGCAGGAGGUCAUCGCGCAGACAAUAGGGUCAAGAACAGAAAUGUCCUCUGUGUUCCUCCUGAUAACUUCCGUCCGUAUAUCACGUCGUUCCAGGGUAAUAGCAACACAGAUUAUAUUAAUGCUGUAUUUGUAGAUGGUUACUUGAGACCACGAGAGUAUAUUGUGGCCGAGUGGCCGUUGAGAUCGACCAUAUCAGACUUCUGGUCUCUCGUUUACGACCACGACGUGACGUCAGUGGUCAUUCUGUACAACCCUCCGCCCACAGAGGCCUCGAACUACCCACCAUUCUGGCCGGAAAAACAGAAGUCGAUGAAGUACGGCCCUGUGUUUACCAUCGACCACCUCUCCCACCAACACUACCAGAAUAUCAGGUCGUGGAUGUUCAAGAUUAGCAAGAAGAUCAUAUCGCCGUACCGGUCAAGAUUGGCGAACCUUGUGGACGAGGUGGUGGUGAAUAAGAAUAUCGUGUCCCUAACGGAACUCAUGGCAGGUAUCAAGGCAGAACCCAAGAACUGCCAACUCUUCCAACUCAUGUGCUGGCCUCAGGGCCACAGAGUACCCACUUCUACCAACGCUCUUGUUGAGCUCAUGAAUAUGGUAGAGAGAUGGAGGCAGCGAACGGGCUACGGUCCAGUAGUCGUAGUCAGUCCAGACGGCAUGAGCAGAGCGGGUGUGUACUGUGCAGCCAACGCCUGCAUUGAGCAAGUAAUCCAGCACGGCGAGGUCGAUGUUUUCCAGGCUGUGAAGACAGUCAGAAGACAUAGACCACAGCUGACGAAUGAUAUGACGGAAUACAAAUAUUGUUACGACUUAGUCCUUCACUACGUCCUGCACUUCCUAUCGAAGGAGGACGGGGAAGAGUGUCAGCUUGAGGAAACGCCCAUUUCUGACGAGGAGGCUUACGCCUUCCAUUACGCCUGAGAGAGGCUUGAAAAAGAUCGGCAGGUGCCUCCAGGUGACUGACAGGUGACUAGGUGCCUCACAGGUGCCUCCAGGUGCCUGACAGGUGACUAGGUGCCUAACAGGUGCCUCAGGAGAGUGAAUAACAUAAAUGACCGACUGCUCAUUUUUUGUUUUGUGUCUUAUUAUUAUUAUUAGUAGUAGUAGCAGUAUUAUUAUUAUUAUUUUUGAAAUGCACAUUGUACUGGAAUAAAUACAUAAAUACAUGCACAAGGUAUGUAUAACUUGUACAUUUGAAGUCCUGUUCAUUUACUGAGGUCAUUGAUGAUGUUAAUUGUAAGUUUUUAUCAUUGUUAUUUGUCCUUGUUAAUCAUGUUACCACAGAAGAUGGUGAACAUCUUCUGUCCUGUUUUACUCUGCUAAGAACUGUGCAUCGACGGCGUUGUGCAUCUGUACAUCAACGGGUGUGUACCUGUGCGAAUUCAGGUGUGCACCUGUGUAAACUCAGGUGUGCACAUGUGUAAAUUCAGACGUGCACCUAUGCAAACUCAGAUGUGCACCUGUGUAAAUCCAGAAGUGCCCCUUUGCAGACUCAGAUGUGCUCGUGUGCAAACUCGAGUGCGCACCUGUGCGAAUUCAGAUGUGCACCUGCGCACCAUCAAAUCUGAAACGGAUGACGACUGUUGAAACUGGAUUUAGUUUAAGAGCUGUAAAACAUUUCAUUUCUUUAAAAAAUGACUUUGUUAAGCUGGGUUCUUAUAAAUAUUGUUGUCUGUUCUUCAACUUUAGUGUAUACGCGUAUAAAUAAGGCUUUUGUUCUGUGACUACUGUUAAUAACUAGAUCACAAAACCAAACGUAAUUAUUGUGAGACUUCGUCUCACGUAUUAAACCUUCAUCUGUAAAUAACCAUCAUAUUGUUAAAUGAUACGAUGUAAUGGGGUCAAAAAAUUGUGUUUUUGCAGGAAGAGGUUUGUUGAUUUUCGUUCUUAUGAGGACCUCGAAAAUAAUCGUCCCUUGGAUGUAACAUAUCUGCUCAUUGACGUUCAGUUUCCUCAAACUUCUUUACAUAAUCCACCCAGAACUGUAGGCGUACAGAGGACAAAUUGGAUUCUUGUAGGCAAAACCAGCAUUAACGAAUUCAUUUCCUUCAUAUGCCCAGUCAGUUCACGGUGGACGAGUUUAGAAGCUCAAAAACGGUAAAUAUUCUUAAUUUAUGAUCCAAGAAAACAGGACGGCUUGACGAUCUAGUGACAGACGUAGUAGCCUAAGAAUUCUAGAAAUCUGUCGUCAGAAUCACAACUGACCGUCUGCGCAGAAUCAACAAUUAGCGAUGACUGUCGGAAGAGAUUGGUGAUUUAUGAUGGUAAAUUAGCAGUGUAAAUCUCACUCUUUCACUCCCUCUCUCAUUCUCUCUAUCUAUCUAUCUCUAUCUUGUGUAUGAGAAGUAAAAGCCAUAUAUAUCGUAGCGUUGUUAUGAUGGAACACCCGGGUGGUGAGAAUCCAGUUUAGUAGCUUCACGAGAAGUGUUGAAUAUUUUCUUAUGCUCGGCGAGUUGUAUGUGACGUUAUCUGUUGAUGUAUUGUACGAGUUUGUUACGCCCGACUCUUAGUGACUUAAGGUUGUUGUUGAUCAUUCAGUACUACAGUCUGCAUCGUCUGCGUUGCGCUGGCACGAUUAUUAAGUUUCUCUCUUUCCUUUGUCUCAAAGCGUUUUGAUAUUUAAGUUGAUCCGCACUGAAGCUACGGUAGAUUAGCCCAGAUAAAAACUGAUGCCAGACUUCCAACCGGUUUCUUGUGUUUGUUUUCCUUCUCCACGUCUUUUUCUUCUUUCACUCUUCCUCCUCUUCUUCUAGCGCUUCUGUCUCGUUGCUGUUCGAACAAAGGUUUCCCUGAUCGCUGGGACACUCCGGCGGCUACAUCCCGCAUGUCAGUUCACUUCUAACAGUGUUGAGAUAAAACCUGGAAUUUCAAUCCAGCCAGGCAUAAAUAUAGGUGUAUUUAAUCUUUUUUGUCCAAAGUAAUUUGCAGAGAUUGGAAACUUUAUAUCUGUCAUGUAGAGAACUGGCAAAUCUAGUCAUUUUUAUCAAUUUGGAGAGGGGAAAAAAUUCGUUCUUUCUAACUGGAAGUGUUAUUCACAGUCAAUACAGAGAUAAAUCAUCCCAGUUCUGAUCCUAUGGCUUCCUUAACGAAAAGAAACUUGACAGUACUUCUAAAUCAUUUGGACAGAUGCAUGAUAACUUUCAUAAGAAUAAUACAAAUCCUAAAACAACAUCAUUAACCAAUUAUUCCUUCCAUUUUAAAAGACAUAAACUAUAUUUUGUAAAUUUACAUUGUAUAAUGAAGCAUUUAACGCCCUCGAGUAACGCAAGCCAGCAGAAGUAGGUCUAUCUUUUUUAGUCACCUAAGUGAUUAGCCGAAGAAAUUAUGGACAUUCUGACGGAAGAAUUAAGAUAAGCAUUUUUGAGUCAUUUAAAUUAAGUAAAACUAAAGACGAUUAAAAUUGUAAAAAAAACAAAGAGAAUAAAGCUCUGCACCAAAUGCGAAGAGUGUAAUGUGCCCCCAACUGUUUUUGUGGACAGAGCGAACGCCUUGGAACCAGAAACCUUCAUUUCAGUGAUAGAUACAAAACAGGCUAUUUCAACACUUGACGGCAGCAGCAACGACAUUUGACUAACUCUCCACGAUUCCUUGAAAGCUUCCUUAAGAAGAUGGAAAAGAUUCCGUUUGGAUAAAGCAUUCCUUUUUUUCCUCCCGCCCCCCCUCCCCUCACCCUCCCGGACAUACUAAGCGAUUGUCAUUUGUCUUCGUCGGAUUUCAAUAUGCAAGGAACUAUCAGCAGCGUUUGCAGAGAGAGUGAGUAUCUCGAAAUGUGUGUAAAAAAUGAGUAAAAGUUGUAAAAAAAAUAAGUUAUGAAUGAUUUCUCGUAUCCUUUCCGUACCGAGAGUAAAAGGAAUAAUUAUUUACCUCAUUCCCAUCUCGUUUUUUUUAUAUUCGUGAUUUAGUUUUUGUGUCUUAAACUGCUCAAGAUUCCUGCUCGUUUUCAGAAAGAAGAGAAUACUGGAUCCCUUUGUUUUACUCUUGUGGUACCUUCCAAAAAUCAUUUAUCAUCAUCAUCCUUAUUUAUCAUUAAUACUAUUAACAAUAUCAUCUUUCCUUUAUACUAUGGAACUAGUAUUUGUACUCUUCAAAAAUUUCUAAACAAACCGCCACCACUUUUUAGUAUUUUAGGUCAUGGAUUUAAAAAAAGCAAUAUA